AGUGCAGCUCACGCAGCAAACUUACAACGAGGACCAUGAAGUCUUUCUUCUCCAAGUUCACGUCGAAGAUCAAAACGAAGCAGACGCCGCGGGCGCCGUGUGACUGCAGCGACUUCCUCGAGGCCGUCGUGGACGCGCCGACGCUGUCGCACCUGCGCGGGGUGGUGGCGGCACGACACUUCGGCCACGCGCCGGCGCCGGUGUCAGACGCGGAGCGGGCACACCGCGACUUCGUUGUGCGCAGCACCGUCUUCGACCUGCACCACCGCUGCGGCGCCGGCGGUCGCUGCACCUGCGCCGGCGCCCCGGCCUGCCGCUUCCCGCAGUGCUUUACGAUGCGGCCGGUGACGAAAGGGGCAGAGGUGCAGGCGGAGCGGCAGGUGUACGAGGUAGAGGACGCGCCGACGGCGGAGAUACGCGCGCUCGUCGCCCUCGCCGCCGAGGAGAAGCUGGAGGAGGCGGUGAAGGGCAUCCAGCACCUCGUGGACGCGCAGCUGAAGGUUGCCGCGGCGGGGCGGCCGCUUGAAGCGCGCCUCGUCAUCGACGGCUCGGUCGGCCACGAGUUCAUCCCCAGCGCCGCCAAGACCGGCGGGGACAGCGCGCACAGCGGCGCCAACCCGCUGCGGGAGAGCGAGGAUGUGCGCGAGGAGGUCAUUUCGUUGUACCUGUGGCGGGCCGCGCUGCUGGUCAAUCUGCGCCGUGACGAGCAGGCGGUGUGCUCGCUGCUGAACCUGGCCUUCGUGUUGGAGGAGAAGCACCGCACGCGGCUCUACGGUGCCGCCGCGGCGUGGGCGACGCUCAACGACAUGGAGAUCGUUUACUACCGCAGUCUUGUCAAGACGCAUGAGCCGUUUGCGCGCGCCAUCGCCUUCGCGACGGAGCGGCCGCUGCUGCUCGCGCGCGUCUUCGAGGCGACCCGCGGCGACGACUACCACACCGACUUCUGCACGCACAUCGUCUUCUCGAAGGAGGUGACGGCGACGGUCACGCGAGCGCAGACGGCGCAGAUGCACGGCGACACCACCGAGGAUCCGAUGCGCAGCCUGUGCCUGCCGCUCACCAUGCCGUACUACCGCUUCCGUGUCAGCGAGGAGUUCUGGCGCCGCUUCUACGCGCUGCUCUGCAUGCCGCCGGUGCCGCCGCCCACCGCCGAGGAGCUGCAGGCGCAGGCGGCCGACCCCGUCGCGGAGCUCGGGCUGACGCCUAACUACAUCCUCGACGCCGUCGGCCGCAGCAUGAUGCUGCAUCACCUCGUCCUGUUCGCCGACGUGCGUGAUAAGGAGAUCGACUCCGGCGCGGUGGUGGACCGGGUGAGGCGGAUGAAGCAACAGGACAUGGAGCCGCAGCCGUCCGAUUACGACCCGGUGCUGACGACGAGCGAGAUGCAUGUCGCGGUGACGCGGAUGAAAGAGCUGCUGAUGGUGGUGCGCUCCUUCGAGGAGAAGGAGAAGGCACGCCUGUCCGGUGAGACGGCGCAGCGCCUCCAGGGCCCGCCUCGGCCGCCGCAGGGCACCACCUCACCCGUCACCACCAGGUGA